CCUCGGAUCCGAAGCACCGAGCUUCUCUCUCCGAACCUGGGCCUCUCUUGUUCGUUGAAAAUUUCACUCACUGUUUCGAUCACUCUUGUAUCUGUCCGAGCUCAAACGCUCCCCUUCCCUCCCCGCUGCAAACCCUAAAACGCUCGCGUUUCGAGGAGGAUCAGCUUCGUGCUUCAAUGGACCCUUCUCAAUGUCACUUUUACUGAGGAUGGCUCGGUCAAUACACAAUGAUAUAAAGUGAUUACAUGGACCUAUUGAUAAUUGGAUUUUUUGAAUAAUUUCAAGGGUUAAAUGGUAGUUGCUCAGAGGUGUGUUUUGGGAUAGCAUCAUGCUUAGAGAGACCUUUCUUCAUCGUCAUUCUAUGUAGUUUGUCAAAUAUUUUAGCUUUAUCUACUAAGCGUUCUUAUAAAUAGUUGUCUGCUGAAAAUUUGUGGGCUGGAUUAUCUAUGCCUGGAAACGAAGUAGGAGAUAGGGUCCAUAAUUUUUUUGGUCAAGAGAACUUGUCCCAGGGACAAUAUCAUUCUCAGGUGGUUGAUGGGAACUGGCCAGGACUUGGCAACAAUUUGUGGGCUGGUAACCAGAGACCAACUGGUGUGCCUUUUAUUUCCAAUCUGAAGAAUUUUAAUCAACAACAAUCAGAUUCAGAGCAGGGACAUGCUGGGUCUCCACAUUUGCGAUAUGGGUUGAACCUAUCUCAGAGUAGUUUGAGGCCUGAGUCUGGCAGAAAUCAGCUGCCAAAUCAACAAACAACUGUGAAUGGCUAUGUGCAGGGACAAGAAGUUUUCCAGACCAGGCAGAAUGAUGCUAACAUUUUGGGAGUGGAUACGGAAUCUGAUUGGCAUAACUUAUCAAGAGGAAUGCCGGUGCUAGAGUCACAAGGGAGUCUUGAACUUUAUAAGAAAAACUUGGCUAGGAAUGCUGCUGCUGAAUCUCCUGUCAAUUUUGAUUUUUUUGGAGGUCAACAGCAAAUAAGUGGUCGUCAUAGUGGAAUGCUUCAACCUUUACUUAGACAGCAGUCAGGAUUAAAUGAAAUGCAUCUAUUACAGCAGCAAGCAGUUCUUAACCAGAUGCAGGAACUUCAGAGGCAGCAACAAUUUCAUCAACUAGAAGCAAAGCAACAGAAUUCUAUGACUCCAACUCCAUCCAUUUCUAAACAGGCAGUUGCCAGCCAUUCUACACCUCUUGUCAGUGGCAUUCCUGUCAAUGAGGCAUCUAACCUUAUGUGGCAGCCUGAAGUUAUGCCAACCAAUGCUAAUUGGCUCCAGCGUGGUGUGUCUCCAGUUCUGCAUGGAUCUUCUAAUGGACUUAUGUUAUCCCCUGAACAAGGACAGGCAUUACGCCUGAUUGGUUUGGUUACGAAUCAGGGUGAUCAGUCUCUUUAUGGGGUUCCAAUUUCUGGUUCAAGAGGUACUCCUAACCUGUAUUCUCAUGUUCAAGCAGAUAAGGCUGCAGUGCCUCAGAUUUCUAUCCCACAUCAGUAUUCUCAUGUUCAUGGGGACAAACCUGUGCUACAACACGUAUCAUCCGGUGAUACUUCACUUUCUGCUCAUCAAUAUACUGCAUUUUCAGACCAAAUUAACACAAAUGAUGGGACUCCAGUUUCAAGGCAGGAUAUUCAAGGAAAAAGUAUGUUUGGUUCUUCUGCUCAUGGUGUAAACAGUGGAAUGAAUAUGGAGAACUUGCAGCACGUGAAUUCUGAGCAAAGAAUUGUUCCAUUGCAAGAUUUUCAUGGGAGGCAAGAACUAGCUGGAUCUUUAGAGAUGUCACAGGACAAGAUGCUGAUGCAGGCUCCUCCUUCACAGAAUAUGGCCACCCUAGAUCCCACCGAAGAGAAGAUUUUGUUUGGCUCAGAUGACAACCUGUGGGAUGGAUUUGGCAGGAAUAUAGGUGGUUUCAGUAUGCUGGAUGGUACUGAUAGUGUUGGUGGACUUCCAUCUGUUCAGAGUGGGAGUUGGAGUGCACUAGUGCAGUCUGCUGUUGCAGAAACUUCUAGUAGUGACAUGGGCAUACAGGAGGAGUGGACUGGUCUAAGUUUCCGGAAUAUGGGACGUUCGUCUGGAAAUGAGCAGCCUUCAACAACUGAUAGCAGCAAACAGCAAUCAGUUUGGACUGACAGUAGCUUGCAGUCAGCAUCUAAUAUAAAUUCAAGACCAUUUAUUCGGCCUGAUGAUGUUAGUAGGUUGAAUACUACUGAAAAUUAUUCUGGUAUUUCUGGAUUUCAUCAGUCAGGUCCUGAUACUAAACAUGAACAGCAUGACAGGUUACAGAACAAUUCUUGGAGGUCAAUUCCACAGUUUUUAGAUAGAGGCAAAUGGUUAGAUUGCAGUCCUCAGCAAAAACAACUUGUGGAAGGGGGUAAUAUGUAUGGAAAUGCUACUAACUCUUCAGGUUUAGAGAAAAAUCAACAGACCAUCUUAUCAUGUAAUAGUAGUAAUGAUCAUUUCAGUAAAUCUAAUGGAUGGGAUGUUAUGAAAUCACCCCCAUUUGAUCAGAGUUCUACUUUCAAAACCCAUGAACAUGAAAAUUCAUUGAAGUCCCAUAAUGAUAAAGUAGUCCAUGAAGAGAUGGGUCAGGUUCCUGCAAUGUGGGAGCCUGAUUCUAAUACUAAUUCAUCUAUUGGAAUGGAGCAUGUAAAGUCUGCAGGUAAUAUGCAGGUUUGUGAGGAAGAUUCUGGUAUGAAUGGUAUUGCUGCAUUAUCAAAUUCAAGCGCUGGAUGGGUCAGCAGGCAAAGUAGCAAGCAGCUCCCUAAUGUUGAUGUAUGGAGAGAUGCUGAGUUGGUAGGCAGCUAUAGAAGAAAUGAAAGUCCAGUGAGGUAUCAGCAGCAUAUGGAGAGAAACCCUUUAGUCUUGGAAUCAUCAAAGAAUGGAAAGUUAGAAGGCGAGACACAUGAUUUGGGGAACUCUAGCAAAACUGAAAAAUCAGCAGAUGGUCUUGGCUCUAAUCCUUCCCAUCCUAGAGCUGGUGGUAUGAGAGAAAAUACCAGUUUUGACAGUAAUGAUUUGCAUAGUCCAAAGUUAUCUGGGCAGGGAAAUAGAAGACCUCCAGUAACUCGUAAAUUUCAGUUUCACCCAAUGGGGGAUCUGGGUGCUGAAGUGGAAUCUUACGGAAACAAACACAUCAUAAAUUCACAGCCUAUGUCCCAUCAACCCUUUGGAGGACUUAAAGGUCAAAACCAAAGCUAUCCUGGACAGUCAAAGUAUAGCAAUUAUAAUGAUAUGAAUAAGAUUGACUCACAAAGCUUGGAUAAUAAUGCUUCAAAAAGCAUAUUUCCUGGUCAUGUGUCAAAAAUGUUAACCUCGAUGGAUAGAAGUGUUGGGAAUUAUGCCUCACAGAAGACUGCUUCACCCAGGGUGCCUGAAACUGAAUCUUCUGAUGGAUGUGCUGUACAUCCUCAGCAGAAUCACAGUUCUUUGUCUCAGGGAUUUAGUUUACAAUUGGCUCCUCCUACUCAACGGUUUCCUCUGGUAUCUUCUCAUGGCUCAUCAGAGACAGAUCAUACUAGUACUACAUUGCAGGUGUCUGAGACAAGGGAUAAGGGCCAGACCUGGUUGGGUACUGAUCUGGCUUUUCCUUCUCAAGAGUUGUCUCAUGGGGAACUUAGGAAUAAUAUUUCUAGUCCCAAUGGACAAAUAUAUGAUAAGGCCUCACAAUACAGUGUGCAGGGAAUCAUUCCACAGGGUUUUACACCUGGUUUUCCUUUCUCCAGGAUCCAUACUCAGAAUCCGAAUUUGGCAAAUCUUGGUGGACAAAUAGCAAAUACUCAAUCUGCUAAUGCAACUUUCACUGCUUCCUUGAAUCAGACAGAUGAGUAUUGUGAAGGAGCUCAAACUGGUGAAUCUGACUUGGCUUCUGCUCAGCACAUGUCCCAGCUGAAUGGUAUAGACCAAAAUCGUCUGGGAGAUCCUGCCAUCCAAAAUUUUGCAGCAGAGGCUGUCACUCCUUCAAAAGUUAUACACAAUGUAUGGACCAGUGUUUCUAGCAAGCAACAUCCUAAUUCUUCAAGUUCAAAGUUUAUAUCCCUGCCCCAACAAAUUAAUGAUUGUGAAAUGGCAACUGGCUCACAGAAGCCACGUGAUGAGAGUUCGGAGAAAGAUGGUAUUGAUCUUUCUAGUAUUGGUCCUUGUUCUGCAUACUCCAAUAGUUCUGUAGGAAAUUUGCUUAAAGAAAGCUCGAUGCAGCAGACAUUGCCUGAGAGUGUUGUUACUGCUGAAGCUGCAGGUGCAUUACACCUGAAGGAACCUGUUGGGAAAUGUGUGUCUGAUACAUCUCAACUGAGCUCAGCUACUAACUCCAGAGAUAUUGAAGCUUUUGGCCGGUCUUUAAGACCAAACAUUGUUUUGAAUAGUAAUUUCUCCUUGUUGGAUCAAGUUCAAUCCAUGAGAAAUGUGGAGACUGAUCCCAGUAAUCGGGAUGUCAAGAGAUUGAAAGUUUCUGAUAAUGUGGUGGAUGAACAGCUGGUGGAUUGCAACCAUGGUCAACAGUUGUCAUAUGGAUAUGAUAAUACGGUCAAAGAUGGGUCUGGUAAUAAUUCCAUGCCAUCACCAGAUCCUAGCAUGCCAAACUUUUCAACAAAGCUACAUAAUGGACAGGAACAGAACACCAAUGCAUCUUCUCAGGAGGUGGUUGGUUAUGGUCAGAAAAAUGCUGUUAAUGUUGCUGACAGUAAUAAAACUGUUUCUAUUAAAAGUGAUCAUUCUCUGGUAAAUCCUCAGAUGGCACCAUCAUGGUUUGAGCGAUAUGGAUCUUUUAAAAAUGGUAAGAUGUUGCCAAUGUAUGAUAUACGGAAGAUGAAUGUUUCUAAGAUUAUGGACCAGCCUUUCAUUUUACCAAACCAGUCAGAUAGUGUGCGUUUUCAUAAUUCUACAGAGCAACUUAAUGGUGUCAGUGAAGCUCAACUAAGUAAUGCUAGGCAAAGUCCAAUGCCUGCUUCAGUUGCAAGUGAGCAUGUAGAUUCUCAAUUUUUGACUCCUGCUGUUGAACCUGACUUGCCUAUUAUGAGAGCAAAGAAACGUAAAAGUGCCACAUCUGAACUCCUACCGUGGCAUAAAGAGCUGUUACAGGGUUCUGGAAGGCUUCGAGAUAUCAGUGCGGCAGAAUUAGACUGGGCCCAAAGUGCAAAUAGAUUGAUUGAAAAGGUUGAAGACAAUGCAGACGUAGUUGAAGAUUUGUCAUCAGUGUUGAAGUCAAAAAGAAGACUUGUAGUGACUACACAGCUUAUGCAGCAACUACUUGGCCCUCCUCCAGCAUCAGUUCUCGUUGCAGAUGUGAAGUUGCAUCAUGACAGUGUGGUCUACUCUGUUGCCAGAUUAGCAUUAGGAGAAGCUUGCAGUUCAAUCUCAUGGUCUGGAUGUGGUACACUUUUGCCUCCUGGCAGCAAAAACCUACUGCCUGAGACGUGUAAAUCAUCCAAUAAAAUUGAUCAUUACUUAUUGAAAGUUAUGGACUUUGUUGGUAGAGCAAGGAAACUGGAAGAUGAUAUAUUGAGAUUGGAGAGUAAAGCCUCAGUUUUGGACUUGAGAGUGGAAUAUCAGGAUUUAGAAAGAUUUUCUGUCAUCAAUCGAUUUGCCAAGUUCCAUGGACGGGGACAAAAUGAUGGGGCAGAGACCUCAUCAUCCUCUGAUGCAAAUACAAAUGCUCAGAAACCAGUCCCAAUGAAAUAUGUUACUGCAGUUCCAUUGCCUAGGAAUCUUCCAGACAGGGUACAAUGUCUUUCACUUUGAUAAUUAUUUAAUUCAUUUUUCUAUCUUUUUUGGUCAAUCGACUCCUGCAACCUCCUGUUUCUGGUCCUUUUCUUUCAACUUCUAUUAUUGCACUUCAUCGCCAUAGAGCCUUACAACUGGCAAUGUAGGAGAAGAAUGGUACUAGAUUGCCUCCUCAACCACUGGAGGCUGUAGAUCUUUGCAAUAUAUAUGUGUAUGUACGUGUAGAUCUUUUCAAUCUAGUUAUCCCUUUUGAUUUUCAGGUUCCAAGCCAUUUGUAUAUAGCAAAAUUAUAUGCAGUCUAUUAAGGUUUAGCCAUACCAUUUGGCUUGGUUUAGCAAAAUCAUUUUGUUUCUCCCAACAUCAAGUCAUUUUCUGUAUGCUUUUCCUGUCCUUCCCAUUGCAAAACCCCUUUGGCAGGGGAUGUUAUGAGACAACCAUCAGCUAGUGUAGGACCUCUAAAAAAGUGAACUUGUUUUACUUUUGGCAUUUAAAUAGUAUUGACAAUUGACUAUACUUAAUUUGUAGCUAUAUAAAAUCUCCAUUUAAUACUCCUGAUUAUUAUUUCUUCAAUAGUCUUGGAUAUAAAUUGGUACUAAAAUUUUAAGCUUAAUUGAUGUCAUACAGAAAAUUGUCUUGCGGAUGUUAAUUUAGCCAUUGGAUAUCAAUUGAAAGUAUUCCUCAUUAAUGUUGGCAAGCUUUUUUCAUUUUGAAUAAUUCUGGAUGUUGUGAAUGAUGUACUUAUUGGGCAACUAAGCUUCUGAAUAAUGGAAGAUGCUUUUGACUAUCAUGUUGGUUUCUUUGCAAUUUACUUGAUAUUUGCUGG